AUGUGUAAAGUUACUCAGUACGACAAUCGGUACGACAUCCUUUUGACGAUUGAUAGUCCUCAGAUGAUUCUGGCUUUGGAUUAUUUGUUUGCAUUGAAAGGGUUUAUUGAUUUCGGGAUGUCCUCUGAAGGUGGUGAGGACGAAGUGUCAAAAGUUGAGGAGAUUGAGGAUACAGAAGAAGAAUCAGAGGACACUAGUGCUGCUUCAAAUAGUGACUCUGGCAUGUCGUUUAGUUACCAUAUAAAUGUGGUAGAUUUCUCUGUCAUUCUGCUUGCUGAUCCUAGCUUGGAAAAUACCGAGGCACUUGUCUUCAAGGCCGAGCAAUUGGUCUUGUCGCAACGUGCAACCACUACUUUAGCUGUUAGCAAAGUUGGCAUGUUUUUGUGUGAUAUGAGCCACUUUGAGGAAGAGCGACUAAGAGUCUUGGAUGACUUUUCCAUGACUGCUUCGGUCGAUACAACUGGAUCUGAUGCGACCCAUCAGUUGUCGUCUGUCCAGGUUUCUGUUGAGCCCUUGGUGUUGCGUCUGUCUCUACGCGACGUUGUGCUCGUGUCGAAUAUCAUUCAGAAGGCUUCUGCUCUAUCUGAAGGUGAAAGUAAGAUCACGGAAGUUGAGGAUUCUGAUGCACCUACCUAUUCUCGAUUCUCGAAGACAGAGAAACGGAAGAUUGGAGGAAAUUCCAAGCGUAGACCAAGUGCAGUCGCCACAAAGAGCAGUGCUAAUGGCCAUCACCGUCGCAAUUCAUCGGUGAGCAAGAAACUUGCACUUCCACGAGUAAAGGUUGUUAGGGGAGAAGAAAUGACGGCCGAUUUUGAGGGUCUUCGAUUGGUUGUCAUUGGGGCUGCUCACGAGUUACCUGUUCUUGAUAUGUCUGUCAAGCCCUUCUCAAUUAGUGCUCGAAGUUGGUCUUCAGAUCUUCGAGUUGACCUGGCUACAGAAUCGUUUGUCAACGUUUUUAACCCUUCAAAGUCGGCAUGGGAACCUUUAGUCGAAACUUGGGACAUUGGCCUCAAUAUCAGCAGGUCGACGGAUGUUACCAACACAUUUGUCAAUGUCUAUUCGAGAAAGCCGAUUGAAGUUACACUUACUUCUCAAACAAUCGAAUUGUUGAGUAAAUCUAUAGAUUUUGUGUCAGCUAAUUCUGGCAACGAUGACCUUCUUCUUCGACCGCGAGAUUCAGACGCUCCAUAUUGCAUUCGAAAUGAGACAGGCUAUCCUAUUGAGGUAUGGUCUGAUUCAGAUAAAGAUACGAACGAGCCCCAAGUGAAGAGAAUCGAAGAUGGCCAAGAUAUUCCAUGGCGUUUCCAUGAUUGGCAUGAGUUGAGAGAAAAUCUCAGUACUGAUUUGCAAAAGUUGAUGCUGGGAGUGUCUUUAAAAGACAGUUCGUACGAUGAUAUAAGGGCUGUUUCGGUAACUAGUGAAGGAGAGCAUCUUCAUAUUCUACACAGGAACUCGCAAAGAACAGGUCAUCGGCUACUUUGUGACAUCAAGUUAGAGAACUAUCAUAAGAAGAUCACUUUCAGGUCUGCUUUGAACGUUACCAAUUCGACACAUAUCAAUAUCCACGUUAGUACGAAAUCUGAUCCCAAUCAGAUGUGGACUCUCAAACCAUCUGAAAGUCGUGCUAUUCCUAUUUCACUUGUACAUGAGUGUAAUCUCGUGGUGAUGCCUGACCGGCAAUUGGGAUUCGAUUGGUCAAAUACGGCUAUUUACUGGAAAGAUUUGUUGGAAGCGCCAGGUUCAUUAUCGUGCGAAACUCUACCUGGAAAACCUCACUCGUUCUUCCAUUUCCACAUUGAGGCUGAUUUUAACAAAUCUCUACCCAUAACAUGGGGUUAUCCAUAUAUGACUGUCAAUAUUUGUGCUCCAGUUGAAAUUGUUAACUUAUUACCGUACGAUUUUGAUUUCGAAAUUGUGUCAAAGAAUACAACUGGCAAACGAGUUGGUUGGAAGAAUUCACUUAGAAAGGGAGAGACAAGCCCUGUGCAUGUGGUUAAACGAUCUGAUCUGCUAUUACUCAAAGUACACCCUGCCACAGCUGGAUAUACUGAGAGUGAGUUUGCAAUUAUCAAUGUUCCAAAUCAUGGUAUAUAUAAGGGCAAAUUCAGUAGAGAAAAGGUUAUGACUACCCAUUCGACGGAUGGUGUGCAGACUUUGAACUUAAGGAUUCACUACUUGUAA